CGAAAGCGAAAGAGGUUUUGAGCCGCUGUGCGGGGACUGAGCAUGUCGAGCCGUGCUAACAAUGGGAAGCGGCGGGUCCUCGUCUAAGCUGUGGCCGUCGGUUCUACUGCUGCUGCUGCUGCUGCUGCUGCAGGCGGUCGGGGGCUUAGCCCCACUCAGCGCUGGGGCGUCUGACCUGCCUCUGGUCAUCAACACCUGGGCAUUUAGGAAAGCUACAGAAGCAGCUUGGAGCACGUUACAGGCAGGGGACUCUGAACUUGAUGCUGUAGAGAAAGGUUGUGGCCAGUGUGAAAUUGAGCAGUGCGAUGGAAGUGUUGGGUAUGGAGGAAGUCCAGAUGAACAUGGAGAAACAACAUUGGAUGCAAUGAUUAUGGACGGCAAUACUAUGAAAGUUGGGGCAGUCGCAGAUCUCAGACGGAUAAAAAAUGCUAUUGGCGUGGCACGAAAAGUGAUGCAACACACUAGGCACACCUUUCUGGUUGGAGAGUCAGCCACCAUGUUUGCAGAAAGCAUGGGAUUUCCAAGUGAAGACCUGACUACACAGAAAUCUCUUUCGAUAUAUUUAAAGUGGCUUAAUCAAAAAUGUCAGCCAAACUUCUGGAAGAAUGUUACGCCGGAUGCUUCAAAAUCAUGUGGACCGUACAAACAGACUGAAGAUUUUAGUAGAGAAGAGAAAAACAUCUUGGAGAAAACAGUCCACGUUCAUAAUCAUGAUACUAUUGGUAUGAUUGUGAUUGGUCAAAAUGGAAGCAUUGCUGCAGGGACAUCUACAAAUGGUGCUGUCCACAAAAUCCAGGGACGUGUGGGUGACUCUCCCAUAGCUGGAGCUGGAGCAUAUGCUGAUAGCACAGCUGGAGCAGCUGCUGCCACUGGAGAUGGUGACGUUAUGAUGCGCUUCUUGCCCAGCUAUCAAGCCGUGGAAUAUAUGAGAACAGGAAUGGAGCCAACGGUGGCAUGCCAGAAAGUUAUUUCUAGAAUUCGGAAGUAUGUCCCAUUCUUCUUCGGUGCUGUUAUCUGUGCCAAUACAAGUGGAAGCUACGGUGCUGCCUGCAAUAAAGUUCCAGGAUUCACACAAUUUCAUUUCAUGGCUUCUAAUCCCACUUUGAGGCAACCAUCUGAACAAAUAGUAGACUGCAUUUGACACUGUUUUCUUCUUAACAUUAGUAUUUACAUGGAAUAGUUGAAGAAAGAAUGAAGCUUUGGGGCUUCCAUGUUUACAAAAAAAAGUUUGCACACUUUUAUGUUCUGUUUAAGAUGGUAACUUUGGAAGACCUUGACAGAAUCACUUGCCCACUUUCCAGGCCUGUAGCCAGGAAUUUUUAAGUUGGGGGGCAUUUUAAUUUCUCG